AUGUAUCAGACAUGUGGUGCAGAUUUGUGUCAGAAACAGCGGAGUACUUCGGGUCUUCUCAUCAUUGGAACUGAUGCAUGUCCAGCCGAGUGCACGUCUUCCUAUUGUACACGCACACAACUUGCAGAACCAAGUUGA